AUGUACCCAUUCCCGCCAUACCUGUCCUCGGCGCAGCAUCCUCAUCAUCAUCAGCCACCACCGCCGCCCCAGCAACAACAGCAGGACGAAUCGCGCGCGGCCACCCCCGCAGUACCCAAUGACGCUGGGGCCGGAUCAGCGCUCUCGCCCCCCGUCUACGGCCACGCCGGCCCACCCCCACAGACAACGGCCACGGGCAACGGCACGGCCAACUCGUCCCCCGCGGUCGACCACUCGAGUUUGAGCUCGGCACCCAACUCGGUGGUCAAUGGCGCCAACAACAGCUCGACACCGACCCCGCCAACCGCGACACCCACCCGCCCGUCCCUCCCGCCACCGGGAAACCACAUUCUCAGCCCACACUCGUCCCCCGUCAUCAAGGUCGAGCACGACCCGAGCCCCGUCAACGGCGCGCUCUCGCUCUCGCCGUCGCCGGUCGUGUCGGUGCACCACCAGCAGCUACACACACAGCCCCAGGCAAAUGUGUACCCGCUCCAGCCUGGGUCGUUCAACUGGCCCGCGACGCAGCCAGCUGCGGCACAACCUGGCCUUGGCGUCGAGGACGUGGAUGCCUGGGAGCACCCAGUGCAGCACCAUUACCACCAGCCGGCGCCGCACCUGCCCCAGCACCAUGCUCACCACGCGGGGCAGCACGCGCCACUCAACCCCCAGCCGCACCACAACAACGGAAUGGUGUUCAUGCCCUUUGGGCCUAACGGGUUCCCACCGCAGCCCGCGCUAGGCUUCGCCUAUGUGCGUAGCCAGCGUGGUCCUGUCGCGCCGACGGGCUCGGUGACGCAAGAGCGGUGGCGAGAGCAGCAGCAACAGCAGCCGCCGCGAGAGGCGGGACAGACCAACGGUGAUGGCGGCGGCCAUGAGUACCUAGCGCACGGGAACCACGCCGACGCUUCGCCGAUGCUGUACCACCCCGACGCGCGGCGUGACCUGCCGCUGGGCUCAAGUCUGCCGCCGCAGGCACACCUGCACCACCCGCACCACGCGCUGUUCAACGAGCACCAGCACGACAGGUACUCCGAUACACGGCCUCCGGGGCCCAUCCCCCUGCCGCUCGUUCACAGGGACGUCGCGCCGAGCGUCCACGGGUAUGUUCCGGCGCGGCUGCGGCCCCCGCCUCCGCGUAUGGGCAGCCCCGGGCCCGGCGUACCAGGCUUCGUCGGCCCCCACUGGCCGCCGCUCUCGUCCUCGCCCGCUUCGUUUGGUGCCGCAGGCUCAAGCUCGUCGCUCGAACACGAACUCACACCCGGCCCGAUCUCCAACGGCAUGGGACUCAACGGAUUCCCAGAGGACGGCCGCUGGGGAACCGCGCCGCCCAGUAAUGGCAGCAUGCCGCUCCCCCAGUCGGACACUGAGACAAUGCGGUCCGGCCGCGGCGCCAGCCGGCGCGCAGGCUCCGCCCCAACUGUUAGGAGGUUUCCUUGCCCAGACUGCUCAGAGGCCUUUACCCGCCGCAAUGACUUAGUGCGCCACCGCCGCAAGCACAGUAGGUCAUCGCCGUACUCGUCUGCUAACUGA